AUGGACAAAGAAAAUAUAAAAAUGCAGCAAUAAUAAUUAUAGAAUUAAUAUAAUCACGUUAAGUAGAUGUAGUAAUAAUAAAAUUAGCAAUAACAAGCACAAUAGUAAUAGCUGUAACAACAAUAGUAGCAAUAGUAGUAGCAUUAGUAGGCACAACAGCACCAAGAAAAGCCUCAAAAACCAAUUCAAGUACCUCCUGGUAAGCACAAAUUUGAUUGUGGGCAGACUAUUUUUGUUGUCGAUGAGAAAUAUGAAUAUAUAAAAUAGAUCGGAUAUGGAGCUUACGGUGUGGUUUGCUCAGCAGUAAAUAAAGAAAAUGGUUCAAAAGUUGCAAUUAAAAAGGUUUAAAAUGCUUAUGAUGAUUUGAUCGAUGCAAAGCGUAUUGUCAGAGAAAUCAAACUUUUAAAAUUCUUUGAACACGAUAAUAUUAUUUCACUUUUAGAUGUUAUUAAGCCUAACGCGCCAGUAGGUGACGAAGAUAUCUACAUGGUAUUUGAUUUGAUGGAAACUGAUUUGCACCGUGUUAUUUAUUCUCGUUAAGAACUCAGCGAUGAGCAUAUCUAAUAUUUUGUCUAUUAAAUUCUUCGUGGUCUCUUAUACAUUCAUUCUGCAAAUGUUAUUCAUCGUGAUCUAAAGCCCAGCAAUAUUUUGCUUAAUAAGAACUGUGAUCUUAAAAUUUGCGAUUUUGGUCUGGCCCGUGGAUUCGAAGAGCCUGGUGAAAGCUUGACUGAAUACGUAAUUACUCGUUGGUACCGUGCUCCUGAAGUUAUUUUGAAUGCUAGUGAGUACAAUCAAGCUGUUGAUAUUUGGUCAGUUGGUUGCAUCACUGCUGAAUUAUUAGGAAGAACACCCCUUUUCCCAGGAGAAAAUUAUCUAGAUUAAGUUUAGCGUGUCAUAGCAGUUUUAGGAACCCCUACUCAAGAAGAUAUGGCUUAUAUUGGCAAUUAAGAUGCUAUUAAAUAUAUAAAAUCUCAACCAAAAAGAACUAAAUAAUCAUGGUAGAGUCUUUAUCCGAAAGCAAAUCCACUAGCUCUUGACCUUUUAAGUAAAAUGCUCACUUUCAAUCCAGAAAAACGCUAUACUGUUAAAGAAUGCAUCGAACAUCCUUACUUCGAAGGACUUCAUUACCCUGAUGAAGAACCUGAGUGUGAGUAAGUUUUUGAUUGGUCUUGGGAUAAAUUCACACCUACUAAAGAAAUAUUGUAGAAGAUGAUCUACUAAGAAGCUAAAUCUUUCCAUCCUAUUCACUGA